AGCAUUCCAAGCAACCCUAAUUAGUUUGCAGUUUGCUGUCGGUCUCUUUGAUCCAGAAGUCUUGUUUAAAACCUCUAAGAAGUGAAAAAGCUUACAUUACAAUCGACCACGUGACGAGAGACUUCUGUGUUUAAAGCCAAGACAGUUUUUUUACAUCCCAGUCUUGUGAAAGGAAGUUAGCAUUUGCGGAAAGCCAGCAAGAUCAUGAGGCUAACAUUGUUGACGACGGUCGUUCUUUCCUUUUUCUGUCAAGGAGUAAACUCUUUUGAGUGGAUCUCUGACCUCCAAGAUGGCGCUGGUGUCUACGCGUGUGUAGAUGACACUGUCACCAUGAGGUGGCGGUACGCGGUGCAGGAGGGAGAAGUGGUUGAGGAUGUCAAGUGGUACUUUGACCCAGGAAACAACAACCGUACAGCUAUCGCCGCCAUCGUUGAAAAUCGCUUUUUCCACCUCUCCUCCUCUAACUCUAAGAGACUCCACCAUGUACCGGAAGCAGGACUGACGCUGACCUCUGUCACCGGAAGAGAUAACGGACAAUACUCGGUGGCGGUGACCGUUCAGAACUCAUCAUGUUUCACUACACACACGCGCACUGUGUCUCUUGUAGUAGCAGAAGGCAAGAACUUGUAGUCCUUGG